AUGGGUUACGAGGAGGAAUUGGUGGAGAGCCACGCGGUUCGAUUCGUCUCUCCCCCGGAAAGCCCUGAUACCGUUGAUUCAGAGGAGGAUCGUACGGCUCCUGUUGAUUCGAUUCCUUUGGAGAAAUCGGCUACUCUCUUGCCAUCAUCUUCAAGAUUGGAGUCUCCGGCGAAGAAGCUUAAGAUUCCUUUGAGUGAUGUUGUGAAGGCCAUUGUUCUGAACUCGAGGAGCACAGAUGAGGAAGAUAGAGAGAUUGAGAAGAAGAAGAAGAAGACGAGCUGCGUGCAGAUCCUCAUCAAUAAGGGAUUCAAUUUCCCUUGA